AAAAUCUCACAAUAAGGAAGAGAAUUUCUAGGCUAAAAACAAAAUGUAGCAAGAAGGAUAGUGGAUCUUUGAUUAGUUUCCAUUCUCUUCUUCUGAUAGGAUGACAAAUCAACUUCCCAAAUUUCCUCCAGUUAAAUUCCUAACGACCAUUUCAUCAUCCCCACCGUCCACGUGGAAAAAUGUCCCCACUUAAAACCCAUCUUGUCCAUCUAUGUUGCCAUGGCCCACAUACAAUUUCCUUAGAACUUUCCGACGUGCAAACUAUUGUGAAGGUUUUAAAAGGUUUUAUGUCCUUUUCGGACAAAAGAAAAAAAAAGAAACUCCUCACGAGGAGUGAUUUGGACUUGAUUCCCAAAUCCUCAGAUCUUCUUCAUUCCCAGUCAACGCAUAUCCCACGAGCUUCUUGGAGAUCAAAACCUCGUACUGGAUUUUGUUUCAUUUCUCUGGGAGGAGGCGCAAAUGACACUGGUGAAGAAGAUCAGAGCGGAAACGUUGACUCUGGUUCUGGUGAAUCUUGCCGGAAUCAUGGAAAGGGCCGAUGAAUCUUUACUCCCCGGAGUUUAUAAAGAAGUUGGGGCUGCCCUUCACACUGACCCGACCGGACUCGGUUCGUUGACCCUGUUCAGAUGCAUAGUUCAAGCUUCCUGUUAUCCACUUGCCACCUAUUUAGCUGUCCGCCAUGAUCGAACCCAUGUCAUUGCUUUGGGCGCGUUUCUCUGGGCUGCCGCCACUUUUCUCGUUGGGUUUUCGACCACAUUUGCUCAGGUUCCCUUCCAAUUUGUUUUAAAUAUUUGAUCUUUGGGAUUCUUUAAACAUUGAUCAGUAAGUCUUUUGUGGGUUGCGAUUGAUUUUUGCUCUGUAUGAUGUGUUAUGUGUCUUUGUGAUUGAUUACAAAAUUCCAAAUUUUUAGGAACUUAGAAACUGUUGAUUGAUUUGAUUCUAAUGGAAGUUGAAGUACUAGUUUUUAAUAUUUUGUUAACGAAGAUGCUGAGAAGUAUUUAAAGUCUCUUCAAUUAGUAAUUUAGUUGCUUUAUAUUAGUGCUUUAUUUAUUUGGCCUACCAUAUAAGAUAUGCAUUUUGGGUAUGUAGAGUUUAGAUGUUGGUGCUUUUGAAGUUCGGAACUAAUAUGUAUAUGUUAAUGGUUUUGGGUAGGAGUUUGGUUAGUCCUUUUUGAGCUAUAUAGGCAAGACUGAAACUCUCCGAAACAGAGUAGGACCACAUAGCUUUUCACUUAGAAGUAUUAGCUGAUAAGAAAUGUUUUCAAUUGGCAGGAAGUUACAACUACUUGUAAGUGUAAAAGUGGUAAUACCGAAAGGUAAUUUUAUAGCAUUUGAUGAAGGGUUUAUUUAGUCAGUGAGAUCAAUUGAGGAAAAUGAAAUAAUUUUACACUUUAAAGGUAGUAAAAACUCUAAAGAGAAGUGAAAAGGAAUAUGUUCCAAUUGAGCAUGAAAUUCCAUUGAAAAUUUGCUAUCAAGUUCUUUUGAAAUCAUCAAUCUAGUCUAGUUUUUCUAAGAAAAUGUAUAUCAGUUGAGAGAACUUUUAAAAUUUUUUUUUUUUUUUUUUAAAAGAAAAUUCAGAUAGUUAUUGGAGAGAUGUAGAAGGUUAUGUAAAUUAUAUAAAUAUUAAUGUAUCAUUGUGUAAAACUGUUAAAAUACCAUAUAGCGAGAGAAAACUGGAUGUAUCAAUGUUGUUAAUCAGUUUGUUCCAUCAUUCUAUGGGAAACCUGCAAAAUUUUAUUCUAAGAUGAAUUGAAAUGAAGUGAGAAGUCUCUUCUUUGUACUUUGUUAUACUCAAAAACUUUUGAACAUCCAUAGGAUCAAUGAUGGUCUCUGACUCUCUGAUUCGAAUUCGAGGCAACUAUAUAUAUGUCUGCAAAAGAAAAACUGAAGAUGGUAUAAAGGAGAAUGUUGAAACACAUCUUGGACACACUGAACUAGUUAGAAUAUGUAAUGAAUACAUUAAUAAAGGAAGUGAUGAUUACCUGAGCAAAUGAGAAAAUGAGGUUAACAUGCAUUUGCCGAAUUACAUUAAUAGGAGAAUGUUAAAAAUCUGAAAAGGACUGUGAAAUGAUAUGCAUGACCGGCUUAGAAAAGUUAACUUUGGAGUUGUGCAAUUUACAAUGUCAUGAUAUGUUUUCAUGUAUACAAUAUCAGCAAUCUUGUGUGUCCUGCGAUGUAAUGAUAAACUAUCGGACUGAAUACAUGAUCUUGUCACCUUCUUUCAGCUUGCCAUUUCAAGAGGUCUAAACGGCAUAGGACUUGCCAUAGUCAUACCUGCUAUUCAGUCUCUAGUAGCUGACUCAACUGAUGAAACCAACCGUGGUACAGCUUUCGGGUGGUUAUCAUUGACAUCAAGCUUUGGCUCCAUAAUUGGUGGGUUUGUAUCAGUUAUGAUAGCUUCAACAACUAUCAUGGGAAUUGCCGGUUGGCGUUUUGCUUUCCACCUUGUUGGAUUAUUGAGUGUUGUAGUCGGUAUCUUGGUUGGCUUAUUCGCCAAAGAUCCUCACUUUGCUGAUAGCAAUCGAGUGACAAAGGCUCCUCAUAAAUCAUUCCGGUCAGAUGUUAAAGAGCUGAUUGCUGAAGCCAAAUUAGUUAUAAGAAUCCCAACUUUUCAAAUAUUGAUUGCUCAGGGUGUCUCUGGAUCAUUCCCUUGGUCUGCCCUGUCAUUUGCACCAAUGUGGUUGGAAUUAAUAGGCUUUUCACACAAGAAGACGGCUUUUCUUUGGACCCUUUUUGCUGUGGCUACGUCAGUUGGGGCGUUGUUGGGAGGCAAGAUGGGGGAUGCCCUGGGCCAACGGUUUCCCAAUGCAGGGAGAAUAGCUCUUUCACAAAUAAGUGCAGGUUCUGCCAUUCCAAAUGCAGCUAUUUUGCUGCUGGCAUUACCUUAUAAUCCUUCUACAGCGGUAUCACAUGGUUUGGUAUUGACGAUCAUGGGAUUAUUUGUAAGUUGGAAUGCUGCUGCAACAAACAACCCUAUAUUUGCAGAGAUUGUUCCUGAGAGAGCCCGAACCAGCAUUUAUGCAUUGGAUCGAUCCUUUGAGUCAAUUCUAGCAUCAUUUGCUCCUCCUAUUGUUGGGAUCUUGUCACAGCAUAUUUAUGGUUAUAAGCCAAUUCCAAAAGGAGCAACAAACUCCCAAGAAAUCGCGAUGGACAGAGAGAAUGCUGCAGCACUUGCAAAGGCACUUUACACAGCAAUAGCAAUUCCGAUGGUCAUCUGUGUCUCCAUUUAUUCCUUUCUCUAUUGUUCAUAUCCAAGAGACAGGGACAGAGCGAGGAUGGAUGCUCUGAUUGAAUCGGAGAUGCAACAAAUGGAAACUGACAGGCUCCCUUUGCAAGAAGAAUCUAUGCAACUUCAGUUUCCAGAUUCUGAUAAACUUCAGGCGAAAGAAAGGAGUGUCAUCGAUAUAGAGUACGAUGGAAAUGAGGUUCUUGAAUUCGAAGAGAAUGAUGAGAAGAGGCUUCUUAACCAAACGGUACACUCAGAUAUAAGCAAAUCAUAGCACAUAUAUAGAGUAAACUUCCACACAGUUUUGAGAAAUUCAUUUCACUAUAACAAGAUUAAAUUUGUGAAUAUCUUUACGUUCUUUCUGUUCCUUGUAAUUCACAUUAUAACAUUCUUUCUGGACUUACAACACCAUCAAUCACAAACAAAUUCUUCCCAAG